AUGUCGGAGCACAUCAUACUGAUCCAUGGUGACCUUUUGACGAAGGAGCGACUGGAUACUGUCCAUAACAGCCGGUGCAUUGAGCAUACACCAAAGAACCGCUUCCAAUACGUGAUUUUCUUACCUGGGUUGUUCCACUAUAAGAUGGCUUGCGCAGAUGCCAUCUGGAGAACAUAUAUUCAGCCAAAGGAGGGCCGGGAUGAUGAGAACAGCCUGUACCAACACACUGCAGUCCUUCGGCCAGAGGAAACUGGUAAAAUGGUCAGUAAACCUGGCUUUCGGCGAGUGCAUGAUGUCAUUCACCAUGACAUCUGGGCAUCAAUGAUGGACUGUUGGCGGAUCGAAGCAGAGAACAAGAAUCAGGAAUGGAACACGCUGGAGACUUUUGUGGCCUCUGAGCCAACAUGGGAUGACGUGGUGGCAAUGUCACGUACCAUUGUGCGGAAGUACACACGAGCACGACCAUCGACAAUCCGCGACAAGCGAUUUCGAAAAUCAAACAUGCUGCGAAACAGGGACAAGCUGAUGUACAUUGACGUCUGUCAAGCUAUGAAUACUGGUGACAUCGGGAGAGUGGAAGCGUCGUUCUUACCGUGGAUUUACAUGUUCAAAGCCACAGGAAAGCACAAGUAUGCUUCCCAGAUGACGAGGUUUCUUGCAAACCUUCAGUUUAACUGGCCUGAAAAACUGAGUGAUAUCAUUCGAAUGAACUUGCUUUGCAACCCCUCUGGGCAUGCAGCUAGCUGUUUCAGGAAUAAUCUGUACACCAAGGUUAAGGCUGGAGGCCUGAACGGUACAAUUGAACACAUUAUUAAAGAAUCCCCUCUGAUCGAGGUCUACCAAAUAAAGGAGAACUACGCACAUAUAAAGAAGGAUGGUCGGAAGGCCCUGUGGUCGAUUCCCAAUCAGAUCAACGAAGGGAUGGUGCUGAUGCAAGAGCAGAAAAUAGUUAGCGAGGAAGAGACGGCCAUUUUCAACGUCGACGGAGAUGACUUGAUUGACUAA